UAGGAGGUAAGAGAAUUCCUAUUCUGCUUUUCAAAGCGGGAAGGGCUGAUUUUCGUGAAAGUGAUAUCAGUAAACCCACUUGUCACCUCACUACCGUAGGACAUAGUAAGGAGGAUGUCAGAAGUAGACGUUGGACCAAAGCUGUUUUUUGAGGGGUUCCUGAGGAAAAGAAAAGAUAAAUUGAAAGUGAAAUGGGUGACCUAUUGGUUUAGGCUUCAUAAUACAACACUUUUCUUCUACACUAAGAAAGAGGGACGUCAUGCUUCCAACCUCAGAGGGCAGUAUUACAUAUACACAGUGCAGUCUGUGCGUGAAGUGACGGAGGGCAAGCGUCACACGUUUGAGAUCACCAUGAAAAAUGGGAAGAGGAAAAUGUUGGCGGCAGAGACGCCGGAAAUGAGGCGUGAGUGGGUCAGUCAACUUUGGAAGGCCAUGCAGUUAUCUGGCUCUGGCCGCUCUCGUAGCCUCUGUGCGUGGCCCAAAGAAACAGGUGAACUGAAGGCCCGAGCUUUCUCCAGCCCGUGUGCCUCUGAUCAGCAGGUCACAGAGCUGAUGGAGAGCCGGGGGCAGUCUCCCCAGGAGCCCAGUGGCCAGGACAGGCCCCACUCCAGCACCUGGCCUACUGCAGCACAUCCAUACCCCGCUCAUACAGUCAAUACAGCUUUCAGUAGAGCUGAUUCAUGCAAUUCACACUCAUUCACGACGGAAUACAAGCAAAUGCAGGAGCAGAAUCAGAGAGCUGAAGAAAGUCUUUAUGACACACUGCCACCAGCUAGGAAAUCUCUCGCCAUGAUUGAAAGCAUCUAUGACACCCCAGCAUCUUGCAGGAGGGGCAUUGAGCAACCGCAAUCCUAUAGGGAGGCCACAGAGAGCAUCUAUGACGUCCCAAAGUCCCUGCUGAGGAAAAUGUCUGAGCACACACUGGAGAGCCGAGUCAGAGAUGACCAGCUGGAGACCGUGUCUUGAGUCCCACAGUGACCAGAGACUCUAGACUAGAGGAUAACCCAGCAGACAUGACCCAUGACAGGAGGGGAGGCUUGAUGAAGAUCCCUAAUAGUCACCACAGGCUACAUGGAGGAUGCCUUCGAGAAGAGGUGUUAUCAUUACUUAAAAGGACACUGAAGAUUUCUUUUGAAAUGACUCAUUUCAUUCUCUGAUGGUCAUCUCAUCGGGCCCAUCAUCAAUCAUUCUGUUAUCAUUACAUUUACAUUCCAUGGACAGUGUUAUUUUUCUUCUUUUUGGAUAUUGUUUUGUUCAAAUUGAAAUGGUGUUCUUUGUCUUCAUUGCUUUCAUUUUAAGAGGCAGCUGACUUUUUGACUUUUUUUGUUGGAAGGAGUUGUAGCAUUGGAAUGUAGAGGAGACAAAAGGGAAUGUAGUGAUCAGCAUUUAUUGAAAUCACUUUCACAAUAUCACACAGAGCUGAGACAAAACAGGAGAUCUAGACUGAUGCUGGCUGACUGGGACACAGUAGUGUGUGAUGGUCAGUUUGGGCAGACCACGGGGAGACCAGGCCACUUUAAUACAACACAACUAUUUACGGUCCCGAAAACACAAACUCUUCAUUUCACAGUCAAAAUAUGAUCACAUUUUCACAAACACAAUAUUGCUUUUGUCUCAGCAUCCCUGUGACUACACUUAUGGGAAUGGAUAGGGUUUGCUGGCUAAAUAUCACAUACAAAGUCAGACUCCACGAGCAGCUCACUACAGCAAAUCACACAAAUCUGGAUUAAUCAGCACCUGUGUCAUCAUAUCCUAAAUCAGGCCUGCUAUCACCGUAACAGGAUUUUAACACAAGUGUUUGUGAGCACACAUCAGAUCAAAGUAUUUGAAGAAUUGUGUAAACUUAGAAAUAAAGAAAUAAUCAGCCAUUCAUAAAGCACGUCAGUAUUUCUGCUACAAAAAAAUAUAUGAUAAAACAUGAAAUAGGUAGUGCACUGAAUUCACUUGAAAUGAUACAUGCCACAGUCAGUUUCAAAAAUAAAAGGUUACACUUGGGAUUGCAAUAAAAGACAAUAGUUUAAGAAAGAAGCUGCUAGGCAAAAAAGCAGGCACAAAAGCCUCAGAAUUGGUUUUAAAUAUCAGUACAUUAUUGGAUCCAAACAAACUGGCAAAGAUGAAGAUAAAGUUAAUUUGGUCUUCAAACAAUAUGGUCCACAAUGUCAAUGCUGCCCUGUACAGUUUUACUCUUUAUGAGGAUUAACAGUGAAAUUAAAGUACAAUAACAGUGGCCUAUAAUAAUGACAUUUGACACACACAGACACACAAACACAUACACACACACAGCUUGGUUUGGAAUAAGGUUAGUGUAUAUAGAAUUACAGGUAUACAAAGGUGUCAGGAUUGUGUGUUUCUUCCCGGGCAAAUUAAAUAAUGCUGAUGUUGAAUAUUUGAUGGCACUGCCUAUGUUGUUUUUUUAAGUGCUGCAUGUGAUGUAUAUAUAUGUAUUGUGUUUGGAUAGUUUGUUCUUGUUAUGCAUUUUAACUGUGUUCUACAGUAUAUGCAGUUAUUAUAUGGUUAGUCUCAGUGUGCAGUGCACACCCAGUACAGUAUGUGUCCUUUUUUGUAGUGAAUAAAUGUAUGGUUUCUUAAA